AUGGCCUGGAGUUGCAUUAAGAACAGCCAUUCCGUCAGCUCAAGACUGGCCGAGGCAUUCUCAGAUCGGCCGGGUCCGAUGGCAGAGCCCGAACCAGCGCAGUGGAGCAUCAACUACAAUAGUGGACUAACAAGCGGGGAACAGCCUUUCCAUUGGAUCGAGGGUCCCGAGAAUCUGCUAUGCGCUUCUGGGCGUGUUGUCGACUGGAAUUUGACUUACACUUUCGAAUGCAAUGAUUCGGCCACUCAGUCCCCACUCAACUCUGGGGAAGACGGGGAAGAACAUCACAAUGGACAUGACAUCCCAUCGUCUAUCUGGGGAAAUACACUAGCGGCAGCUGAAAAUUGUUGUGUUUCAGAAUCGCCCGUCAUUGAGAUUGAGAUACCUGCGUCGGGCCAUCAUCUGUCUGGUCGUGUGCCCGGCGUUUAUCACCUAUGGAUACAACCUGAGCGUGGCCGGGGCUUGUUGACGCUCGAAUCAUUCGUCAAGACCUUUCCCCAGAUUGAUACGGUAAAUACCACAGGGGCUCAGCAGCGUUACAACUCCACCAUUCAAGGAACCGUCGUGGCCCUUUUCACGGUUGGCGGUAUAUUCGGCUCCCUGUCAUGCAUUUACCUUGGUGACCGCCUGGGUCGUCGAAAGGUAAUCUUUCUUGCAUCCGGCGUGACGAUCGUCGGUGCAGUUCUGAUGGCCACAGCAUUCGACUUUGCUCAGUUCAUCGUGGCCCGACUGGUUCUGGGUUUAGGGACGGGUGCAUAUCUGGCAACGGUGCCUGUGUGGCAGUCGGAGAUCUCAAAGGCCAGUAAACGAGGUGCCCAUGUGGUGACUGACGGCAUCUUCAUUGGCAUUGGCGUCUCUCUAUCCCUCUGGAUCGACUUUGGCUUCUACUUCAUCACCGGCAACUCGAUUGUCUUGCUGUUGAUUGUGAUGGUGUUCAUCGUGAUCUUUCCCGAAUCGCCCCGAUGGCUGGUCAAAAAGGGCCGGAUUCAAGAGGCCCGAGAGAUUCUUGCCGCGCUGGCCGAUGUGGAGCCGGACUCGGAGUCGAUCAGCGCGGACAUUCGCGACAUUGAGCUCUCGCUGUCAAUCUGCGGCAAUGGCUCGUUCAAGAGCAUGCUCACAAUGGGCGAGCAGCGGCUGUUCCAUCGCACCCUUCUCGCGGCAGGCGGACAGAUGUUCCAGCAGAUGUGCGGGAUCAACCUGAUCAGCAUGUACGCAACCACCAUCUUCGAGCAGUACCUGGGCAUGAGCGCGAUCAAUUCGCGCAUCCUGGCGGGAGCCAUGUGCCUGACACAGCCACUAGGCGGGUUCCUGGCCUUCUUCACGAUCGACCGGCUGGGCCGGCGGCCGCUGAUGCUGUGGAGUGCAGCCGCCAUGUCCCUCUCCAUGGCGAUCCUGGCGGGGACCACCUCGGUGACGGACAACACGGGCGCAACCGUCGUCGCCGUCAUCUUCCUGUUUGUCUUCCAAUUCAUCUUCACCGUCGGCUACUCGGGCCUGACGUUCCUGUACGCGACCGAGGUGGCACCGCUGCAGCUGCGCGCAGCCAUCAGCGCCGUCUCCACGGCCGCCGUGUGGACCUUCAACUUCCUCCUGGCGCAGGUGACGCCCGUCGGGUUCAACUCGAUCGGGUACCAGUACUAUAUCAUCUUCGCGGUGCUCAACGCAGCCAUUGUGCCGAUGGUCUACCUCUUCUUCCCCGAGACCAACGGCCGCACACUCGAGGAAAUCGACGAGAUCUUCAUCCGGUCGAAGAGCAUCUUCGACCCGCCUCGCGUCGCGCGCAGCCUGCCCCGGAUGCAUUUUGCCGAGGUGGUUGAUGUCGCGACGGACUCGGGGGACGACCAAUUCAAAUUAACCAAGGCUGAUCCUUCAGCCUUGAUGUCGCGGGUUGAUUGAAUUUGAUCCUGAGGGAUUCUCCAAGUGUCGGACCAGCGGUCCGCUGGAUAAAUGCAGGACAUAUAUCAUUAUCAAUCAGAGGAUAUUAACCCCGUACUUGAUUUGGGAAUAUGAGACGCAGAUCAUCUGGUAUGAUAUGAUUUGAUGAAUGGGAUUGACGAACAGUAUGACAGAUGCAGAGCAUUCUAGACUACUUUAUUAUAGUUUAUUUGACUUCCGAAGGAUUCGAUGAAACCCCGGUGUGGUCUGGUCAUUGCGUCAAUUUAGCCGUUUCAGCAUGAGACUCUUUGUAUAU